CACUUUCAUUUGUGUGUUUUGGUUUUUGUUUAUUCUAUGGUUCGGUAGUUGAUUGAAACAGAAAAGAAAGGUUUCUUUUAAUUAAUUUUCCUGAUGUAAGCUAUUUUAGGAUAGAAUCUGUCAUUAAUUAUGUUGUCUUCAUUCGUGUCUUCACUUUGUAAAGUUCACAAGGACUCAUUUUUACUCUUACGAUUAGUAAAACUAAAUAUUAGAAAUGUUACAAACGAUUCUACCAAAUUGUCAAAUACUGCAACAGCAGCAAAAAACGAUAUUAUAUCUGUGUUCGGAAACUCAUAUAAAGGAGAUGAAUUUACAAACGUUACUUCUCAUAUUCUUUCGUUUCUUUCAAAAGACUUGCAUCAUAUUAAAAACCAUCCUUUGCAUUUAAUCAAACAGAGAAUAAUUCGUUAUAUGUACGGAAAUUACGUAAAUUGGAGAGGUACUCCACUUUUCUCAGUUUACGAUCGUCUGCUUCCAGUUGUCACCAUAGAACAGAAUUUUGACUCAUUGUUAGUUCCUCCAGGACAUCCAAGUAGAAGUAAAAGUGAUUCGUAUUAUUUAAAUUCUAAUUUUCUUUUGCGACCUCAUACGUCUGCUCACCAGCAUGAGUUAAUAAAAUCAGGACUAGAUCAUUUUUUAGUUAUCGGAGAUGUUUAUAGAAGAGAUGAAAUUGACUCAAAACAUUACCCUGUUUUUCAUCAAUGUGAAGGUGUUCGCCUGUUAUCAUCUCAUGAGGUAUUCAAUAAAGUGCCUGGUGGUGAACAAUUAAAGAUAUUUGAAAAUGUUUCUAGAGAUUCUAUUAAACAAGGGUGUCAUACUUUGGAAGCUGUUAAAGUAAUGGAAAAAGACCUGAAGGACUGUUUAUCUGGCUUAGUAAAAAAAUUCUUUGGGAAAGAUAUUGAGUAUAAAUGGACGGAGUCGUAUUUCCCUUUUACACAUCCUUCCUGGGAACUUGAAAUAUUACAUGAUGGGGAAUGGCUGGAAAUUCUUGGCUGCGGAAUAAUGGAACAAGAAAUUCUGAACAAAGCCGGUGCAACAGAAAAAAUUGGAUGGGCAUUUGGAAUCGGUCUGGAAAGAUUGGCCAUGAGACUGUAUGACAUACCAGAUGUCAGACUUUUCUGGAGUCAAGAUUCUGGAUUUUUAUCACAAUUUGACGUGAAAGAGAUAGAUACUCCUAUUCAGUACAAAGAAGUCAGCAAAUACCCCCAAUGCACCAAUGACAUAUCAUUUUGGGUACCUAAAGACUAUCACCCGAAUGACUUUUAUGACAUUGCGAGGAGCGUCGGAGGAGAAAUUAUUGAACAAGUCUACAAAGUGGAUGAGUUCUUCCACCCCAAACACAAGAGGCAGAGUUUCUGCUACCGCAUUGUAUACAGACACAUGGAACGCACACUUACGCAGAAAGAAGUGAAUGCAAUUCACAAAGAAAUUGAAGUUGCCGCUGUAAAAUUAUUGAAAGUAGAAAUAAGGUGAAAUAUUUGUAACGACUGAUGUUUAGGUUUAAUAAAAGUGUGUUUUAAUAUUGUU